AUGGCAGGAGCCGUGCGCAUUGGGGACCAGCUCAUUCUGGAAGAGGAAUACAAUGAAUCCUACGUUCCUAUGGAGCAAGAAAUCCGGGAUUUUGCGCCGACAAUCGGGAUUGACCCCGACAAGGAGUCGGAGCUGCUGUGGCUGGCCAGGGAGUGCCUGGUGACCCCGAUGCCCCCGGAGUGGAAGGCCUGCCAAGAUAUUGCGGGUGGUGACAUCUAUUUCUUCAACUUUGAAAACGGGCUCUCCACGUGGGAGCAUCCCUGUGAUGAGCACUACAAGCAGCUGGUGAUCCGGGAGAGGGAGAAGCUGCUGGCACGGGGCAGCUUGAAGAAGGAAAAGAAGGAGAAAAAAGAGAAGAAGGAAAAGAAGGACAAGAAAGAGAAGAAGGAGAAGAAAGAGAAGAAGGACAAGAAGGAGAAGCAGUUCCUGAAGCAACUGCCUCCCCCAGGCUCCCAGCUGGCUCCCAUCCAGCCUCCCCUGGGCACCCUCUCUCCUCUGCGUGGCCUCACCCCGUCUUCAUCCAUCGCCCUUCGUGGGUCCCUGAACCUGGGCCUGGGGAAUGUGGUGGACUCCAGCCUCAUCCCCAAGGAAGGAACUCUGCCUGCAGAGAUAUCGAGACCCACCAGCCGCACCAAGAAUCUGCUGGAUUUGAUCUGUGAAGAGAAAAGUUCCUUGAAUGUGGCAGUGCCAGAGAAAUGGAGAAAUGAAGAGGAAGACAGUGAAAAUGAGAGUUUCCAUGGCACCUCAGGACGGUUUAAAAAUGUGUACCUGAAUGUUGAAGCCCUGGCAGGCAGCUUUGACUUUGAGGAGAACAGCAAGGAGGAGCAGGAGGACCGUGGCAGCCCAUCAGCUGCUGCUGAUGCUGCUGAAGCUGCUCCCCAGCCCCACGGGAGCCCUGAGGAGGAAGCUGCCAGCCUGGGAGAGAAGGAGUCUUUAAAAUCGAGACAUCCUGAAGAAGUGCCAGAGUCUUCCUUGGAUUCUGGUGCUGCGUGCCCUCCGUCUCCGGUUCACAUCCUCCCCGGAGAUGCUGACAGCAGCCUGUCUGCCCAGAACGAGGAGCAGGAACUUGCUGGGGAUGAAGCUGGGCACAAAGAAGACGCUGAGGUGGAAGGAGAUGUCUCUGCAGCUGAGGAGCUGCCUCGGUCCGAGGGGGAGAGGAGUGCAGCAGGGCCGGACGUGGCCGGCUCUCACGGGCAGCCCCGAGCCGCCUCUGCGGCUGCAGCAGAGGCUGGCACAGAUCAGCUGGCCAGCCUGGCUGCCACUGCUGACACCGUGUCCUGUGCAGAAAAGGUGCUGGAGGAAGAGAGGGAAGAAGCAGCAGCUGAUUCAAAAUCAGAGGACAGGCUGGGCGAUGGCAAACUUUCAAAGGCAUCCGGGGUCAGCAGCUGUGAGCAGGACUUGCCCGUCUCCAAGUGCUCCGACCACGAGGUGGUUCAGCCUGUGGGCUUGGGCUUCAAGAGCCAGCUUUCCGAGGAGGUUCUGGAUGUGGGGACUGUGUCUCCUGAUUUGGACAGCAAGGUCAGUGCUGCCCAGGAGCUGGGAGAAGAGGGAAAAGACCAAAGCAAAGGCAGUGUAGAGGAAGAGCAAAGGAAAAGACCAAAAGCUGCUGAGAGUGAGAGGGAUCUCAGUGCUUGUGAGACACCAGUGGAGCUUUUCGGGUUAGAAAAUCCCGAUGGGGCGGAGGCUGCGGAGCCGGAGGAGGGAGCCCUGGAUAGCCUGGUGGAUCCCGAGGAGCUUCCUGCCCCACACAGCGUGCAACCUGAGAAGGAAAUGGAGCAGUCCUUGAACCAGCCUAAUGAUGAAUCCCUGGAGGAAAUAGUCAAGGAGGUGGAGACGGAGCUGGAGCAAGAGGAAAUACAUUUAUUUCAAGCAAAGGAGGAGAAAAUUGAGCAAUUCCAGGAGGAGAUGAAGCAGAAGGAAGAGGAGGAGGAGGAAGCUGAAAAGCUUCAUCAGCAAAAAGAAAAACCCCUCAGCACCCCAGAAGAAGAUUUGGCGAAAUCUGAGCAGGAAGAGGAAGAGUUGCUUGUCAGAGAGGAAAAAGCCAAGAGACUGGAAAAGCUGCGAGCCCAGAUUGCCUCAGAGAUGGAGGCAGAGGAGGAGAGGAUGAGGGCAGAGCAGGAGGCCACGCUGCAGAAGCUGAGGGAAGAGUGGGAAUCCCAGCAGCUGGUGGAGAAGGAGAGCCUGGAGAGGAAGCAGCAGCUUGCCUUGGAGGAAAUGAAGCUGGCAGUGGAGGAAGCCAGGCAGAAGGAGAUGAGCGAGCUGGAACAAGAGAAGGAGCAGUUCCUGAGCAAGCUCAGGGAGAGGUUAGACAGGGAGAAGAGGAAGGCAGCAGAGGAGCUGGAAGAACAGUUUGCCAGUGAGCUCCAGCAGCUGAAGUCUGCAGCAGAAGAGAAGCACCACGAGGUCAUUUCCAGCCUGCAAGCCCAGCUGGCAGAGGCACAGAGCAGCCAGGAGGCCCAGCUGCGUGAGGAGCUGCAGAGGGCAGAUCAGAAAGUGCAGCAAAAAGCCCUCAAAGUGAAGGAAUACGAGCGUGAGCUCAGCGAGCUGAUGAGCGACAAACGCCGGGAAGUGGAAAAAGAGCACGAGAGGAGAAUGGAGAGGAUGAGGGAGGAGCACCGGGAGGCCCUGGCGAGGGUCCAGGAGCAGUACCAGGAGGAGGAGCGGAAGCAGAGGUCGGAGCUGCUGGAGGGGCUGCGGAGCGAGGCGGCGCGGCUGCGGCAGCUCCACGACGCCGACGUGAAGGGGCUGCAGGCAGAGCUGGAGGGGAGGCUGACUGCCCUGCAGCACAGGCACAGGGAGAAGGAAAGGAAGCUCCAGGAUUCAGAGAGAGAGCUUGAAAUCCGCAUGAAAAACAUCCAAGCCAGAUCGGAGCAGCUCCUCAGCCAGGAGGAGUCCCUGCAGAGGAGGAGGCAGCUGCUGCUGGAUGAGGACGGACGGAUGCAGCUGGAAAGAGAGGAAGCUGCUCUAGCCUCUCAGCUGCGGCUGGAGGAGAGCAGGAAGGAGCAUUCCAGCCUCCUGGAGUCCGUCCGGCAGCUGCGGAGGUCCCUGGAGGAGCUGCAGGACCAGAAGGCUGAGCUGGAGGCCCAGGUGGACUUGCUGCAGAGCCGGAGCCAGAGGCUGCAGAAACGCAUUGGAGAGCUGGAGGAAGCAAUCAGGAGCAAACAGGAGGCUCUGAAAGAACUGGAGGCAGAAGAAAGUGUGGAAUCUCCAAGAAAGAAAGCUGAGCUCCGUGUUGAAGACCUGAGAGAAGCUCCUCAAGCUCACUCGUCCAGAGAGCCCUCCCCAGCCUCUCAGAGCCCCGAGGAGAGCGUCCUGCAGUUUGAUGGGGUCCGGAGUUACCUCUCUGCCGAGGGGCAGUCCCUGCGCAGCGCCAAGGAGUUCCUGCUGCGCCAGAGCCGCUCCCUGCGCCAGCGGCGCUCGGCGCUCCGGGCUGCCAGCCUGCAGUGGCACCAGCAGCUGCACAGGGCCCAGGGGGACGUGCAGGGUCCCGACAGCUCCCAGCUCCUGCAGGGAAUGCAGCGCAACCUGGAGGAGGAGGCUAAGGAGCUGGACAAGAUGAAGUCAGCCAUGCAGAAAGGACAGGUGCUGCUGAAGAAGAAGGAGGAGAAGCUCAGCCAGCUGGAGUCCUCGCUGCUGGAGGAGCUCUCAGAUGAAGAUACACUGAAGAGUUCUGCAUGCAAGAAGGUGGUGACUUUUGAUCUGAGCACCUCUGAGGACACAAACAGCACGUCCAGUGUGCAUCUGGGCCAGUCUAGACCUGACUUGAGAACGGAUUUCUGGCCCGUGCUGCAGCAGGACAAGAUCCAGCACCUGAGGGACUCGGUGCAGAGCAUCACCAGUGAGCUGAACGGGGUCCUGGGGCUCCUGGACUCCCUGAGCCAUCACCAGUCUCCUCUCCUCACCUCCACAGCCCGUGAGGGCGUCCUCCUUCCCACAUAUCCCUCCUUGGGAGGCCUGAGGGGGGGCAGCUCCCUGGGGAACCCCCCCAGGGUGUCCCCCCUGGACCAGUGGGCCCGGAGCAGCGGGCUCAGCUCCACUUACUCCACCUCAGGGCAGUCAGUGGACAACAUGCUGGCAGAGAAAUGGCACAGGUAUUUCCCAGGUGGGUUCUCGUCACUCAGUGGGAGUCCUGAGCCUCUGGACAGCAAGCUGGGAUAUGUCCCUGCAGAUGAACAAAUCCGGCUCUUCCAGCAUUCCAAAUUCAGUGAGCCAGAGAAGAGGAAUAUUGAGGGGAUGAUUGAGAGCAGCAAGAAAUGGCUGAAAGGCUUCAAGAAGGAGUCCAAAGUACCCCUCUCCCUGCAGGCACAGAAGCCCCCAGGCAGCAGCCCCAGCCUGCUCCAACUGAGACUGGAUGAAAACAGAGAGAUCAAGGUGUACCACUACUGAAAGCUGUCGAGCCGCUCGCCCGUUCUGGCUGCCGAGGACUCUGCACUUCAAGGGAGCCCAUCUGUGAGAAACUUUCUUCAAAGCCAUUCUCCUGAGACAGCUGCUGGGGGGAGGCUGGGAAGCUGCUGCCCCACACCCCCCGUGCUGUGUGAGCCCCUCGGGUGGGCAGUGGCAGGAGGCAGAGCCCCCUGCUCUGCUCCCUUGGUGCCAUGAGCCUGGCACAUGCAAAUAGAAAUAUAUUUUUGAUGAACAUAAUUUUAAAACUCUUAAGAAUGUAUGUAUUUUAUUUUUUUCUUGCUGUUUUCCUAGAACUUUUUUGUAAUUACUCAACCAGCCUUAUUCCUUCCUAGGGAAGGAGGGAUCAAAACACGGGUAUCCCAUCUGCUGUUGGAUUGCACAAACCCCUUCCUGUAGGGCUCUUGCUUUUGGUUUACUGGAUACUCAGAGGACACAUGGCAGUCCUUGCAGUGAGGGGAUUUAGAAGGGACCCCACAGUUGAGGUUGCUGUGGCCAAAGCCAUAUCACUGAGCCCAUUCUGUAUCUGGGGAGAAGCGUGCAUUAGUGGUGCAGGGAAAUGCCAGUUUUUUUAACAAUAACUUGGUUUGA